GUUAUAAGUAAAAAGACCUCUUGCUUUCUAUCUCCGGCCUUCUCGUUCGUGCAGAGAACCCUUUUAUCUCUCAAUCGAGCGUGGGGGUGUUGGAGAUCGAUCGAGUGUCUUGUGUGAUAGGACAUAAUGGCUCAGGCUGCACGUCUGAAUCUGAGAAUGCAGAAGGAGCUGAAACUGUUAUUGUCUGACCCGCCACCAGGGGUCUCACUUCCUUUACUUUCUGAUAAUGACAGCUCUUCAUCUUCCUCUUUAUCAAUCAUUGAAGCUUGGAUUAAAGGGCCUGAAGGAACUGUGUAUUCUGAUGGAGUUUUUACUCUUAAGAUUCAAAUACCUGAAAGAUAUCCUUUUCAGCCACCCAUUGUGACUUUCACCACCCCUAUUUACCAUCCCAACAUUGAUGAUGGAGGGCGAAUCUGUCUGGAUAUUCUUAACUUACCACCCAAGGGGGCAUGGCAACCGUCUCUAAACAUUUCAACAGUUUUAACAAGUAUUGGCUUGUUGCUAAGUGAGCCUAACCCCGAUGAUGGCCUUAUGGCAGAAACAAGCAGGGAAUACAAAUAUAACAGGCAAGUUUUUGACCAAAAGGCUCGAUGUUGGACAGAGAAGUAUGCUGGAGCUUGUAAAAGUAAAGAUGGUGCCUUGGGGAAGACAAGUAUUCAGGAGGUUGCAAGAGCUGAGACCGAGCAAAUAAAUUCGGUUAGUGAAAGUGAGAGUCGGAAGAAGCUUCGUGUAAUAGGUCAGAAGUUAUCACUGAAGCCAAAACCUCAAAUAUCAAAGAACGAGAGUGAUGACAAGGAGAAUGCGGCACCUACUCGACGCUUAUCAUUAGCUUGCUCCCAAAUACAUCCUACUGAUUCACCGGUUGAAAUCAACCAGAAACAGAAGCCAACUCAUGAAGAUACUGAGAAAACUUUGAAGAGAAACCAGAAUCAGGUGGUUGAAAGUCCCAAGAUUACAGAGACAUUAAUUGUGUUAGAUAGUGAAAGUGAUGAUGAAGGUGAAUGCCGUUCUAGAUCAAGAUUGUCCCUCAAAAGGAAACAAAUAUUGGGAAAAUGGAAGCCAGAAUGCAGUUGAAAAUUAGAACUGAUUUGUUUUGUUUGAUGAGAAAUUGAAAAUGGUGUUCUCUGGCAAUGUACAUGAUCCUAGAACAUAGAAACUGUAUGAACUCACUGACUUGUGUGAUUGGAAACAAACUGGAAACAAAUGCA